AGCUGCCUAACCUAAUUCUACUCGUGCUCUACUCUGCUCUACUCGUGCUCUCGUGAGGUCAAUAAGGAUAGUCACUCUGAAGCUACGCUGGCCGCCGACGCCGCGACAUCAAUCAAUACAUGCGUGAAUCACACAAUUGAUUAUUGAUAGUGGCACAUAAUUGAUGCAGCCGGCCGCGCCUGGGUUACGCGGUGCCGUGCGCCAUGAGGAGGAAAUGCUGGACCGGGACGCCGCGGCGGACGCGGCCAUCGCCACGCUCGCGGCCAUGUUUCCUCACGUACCGGCGUCGGCGCUCCGCCGCACGCUCGCGAUAGGCGGCGGGAGCACGGACCAUGCAGCGACAUUAUUGCUCGAAAAUGAUUGGCGGAGCUUCGAGCCCCGGCCCCCGCGAUUCACGGCCGCGCGGUCGGUGCACCUGGAUUUUCAUUUCGGCGGCGGCGGCGCGGCGCAGGCGUUCUACAACGAGUGCGUCGUGGAGCAGCACGCGCCUGGGAGCUUCUUCAUGGCCGUCGGCUUCGCGGACGGGUAUUUUGGUGUCCAGGACCACGGCGACCAUCGACGCGUGCUGUUCUCGGUCUGGGAUGCGAAUGAAGGUGAGACCGCGGCCGUCGCCGAUCGCGCCGCGGUUUUGUACGAGAACGCGCAUGUCGUCGUCCGGCGGUUCGGCGGGGAGGGCACCGGGCUGCAGUGCAUUGACUACGGCGCGGGCUGGACCGCGGGCCAGCGACUGCGGUUUUGCGUGAUGAUGCGCCGCUGCGACGACGGCGGCGCGUGCUACGGCGCGUGGAUCUGGCCCGACGGCGAGGACGCGUGGACGCACCUCGCGUCGUUCAAGCUCGUGCGCCCGAAGGAUGGUACGUUGGGGCCGAAGAUCAACUCGUUCGUCGAGGACUUCCGGCGCGACGGCCGGAGCGUGUACCACGAGCGCCGCGCGCGGUUCGGCCCCGCGUGGGCGUGGUCCGAGGCGGGCGGCUGGCGCCCCGCGUCGUCGGUCACCUUCGCCGCGACGCCGAACGGCACACAUGGGGAGGGCGGCGCCGUCGACGCGGGCGCGGAGGCGGCGCCGGGCACCGCCUACCUCGCGACCGGUGGCUCCGCAGAAAUCAGUGCCGGCGAGGAGAAGCUGAAUCUCGGGCGACCCCUAGCGACGCUUGCGCCGGGGAGCGAGCCGCCCGCGCUCCCGGCGGACCCGACCACCGUGUUCACGACGGCGUGUCCGGUUUCCCCUCCGAAAUCUCCAUUUGCGCUAUCUAGGACUCGCGCCUAAGUAUCGCGAUCGACUCCCG